ACUAGCUAAAAUAUUAUACGAUAAAAAUAGUUUUUAAAACGGUUGGUAUGUGUUAAUAUCUAAACAUAUUGUUUUGGGGUUUCUGAAACUUGUUGUGUGUGUUAUUAAUUGUGUUAAUAGCCAUAUUGGUCGUUUUUGGAAUAUAUAGACAUAUUUAGCAUCUUCUAGAGCAAUCACUUAAAAAUGACAAUCCGACCACUUUCCGGGCCUUUACAAGAGAAAGCUAUAAAAGAAUUGUUUGAGGAUCCGGAAAGAGUAGAAUCGGAUAUUGCAGCUAUACGGACAUGGCUUCAAAAACAACCGCACCUAGAAUCGGCUAAUCCGUCUGAUCAAAGGAUAGUUUCAUUCUUGCGUGGAAAUAAAUACAGUCUAGAACGUACAAAGGAGAAGCUUGAUAUGAGUUAUACACUGCGGUCUUUGGUGCCGGAAAUAUUUCAAAACAGAGAUCCUCUUGAUCCAAAAAUACAAAGGAUUUUGGCUAAAGGGACAUUUUUGCCGUUGAGCAAAUGUGCUAAAGAAGAUGGGCCUCGGCCAGUAUUAGUGAGAUUUACUUCAGAAAUAGGUCCUGACGUCACCAUGGCAGAUAUAAUGAAAAUUAAUUUCAUGAUAAUCGAUUUGCUGAUUGAGGAGGACGAUAAUUUUGUCAUCGCUGGUGAGGAAGUGAUUUCAGAUGGUAAAGACCUGGGAUUUGUUUUAAUGUCGCAAUUUACUCCAGCGUUAGCCAAGAAAACGGUUACCUCGUUUGAAAAGGCUUUGCCAUUACGAAUGAAAGCUGUUCAUUUAUUGAACACUCCUCCGGGAUUCGAAACAGCUUACUCACUAUUAAAAACAUUUAUAAGCGAGAAGUUAAGGAACAGAUUUCAUGUCCACAAUAAAAACUUUGCGGCUCUGUACGAGAAAUUCCCACAAGAGAUGUUACCAGAAGAGUACGGAGGCAGAAAUGGCUCUAUUCAGGAGCUGACUGAUUACUGGAAAGGCAAAGUGGAAAGCCGUCGCGACUGGUUCCUUGAAGAAGACAAAGCGCGCUCCAACGAGUACUUGAGACCAGGCAAACCUAAAACUACAUCCUCGCUAUUUGGAGUAGAAGGAUCAUUCAGGAAACUAGACGUCGAUUAAUAUUUAAGAAAUUAGUAUCGUGAGGAUAAGAAAUUUAAUAAUAUAUAAAAUAACCGCAGUAAAAGUUUGGGAUGAAUAACUUAUAUACAUGUACCUAUAUUUGUGUAUAGAUAUAUUAGAACAGAAAUAAAAUUAUUUAAUGUUA